UUUAUAUGUUUUCGGUUAUCGCCAAUUUGUGGGCGUGGUAGAGGUCCGUUUUCGCCGAUUUUCGAAGUAAACCUUCUUAUGGUGCUAAGUGUAACAAAACGACUACUUGUAACAAACUAAUUUGUAAAGUAUUUUAAGUCUACUAUUGUGAAUAGCUAUUGUGAAUUAUCGCUAUUAUGAAUUAUUGCCAUUGUUAAUUAUCGUAGUAUCCUUUGCCUCUGCCAUUCGCUUCGGUGUCCUCUGCUGUAAGACAGCGAUCGCAAUUCACUCGAUUUCCAAUCACUGAAGAGGAUGGCUGAGACACUGCGAAAUAAAUUCCUUUUAUGAUUUAUCGUAAAUCGAAUUAAAUUCGCCAGCCAGGGAGUCGAGACAUCUUUAUUUCGCAGUUGUAAGCGAAAUAUCUUAUUUCGCAUUCUGUUGCAUUUAAUUGUUGCCGCCGUCUUGAAUGUAACAGGGCGAUCUUUAUUUCACAGAUGUAAGCGAAAUAACUUUAUUUCGAAUUCCUUUGCAUUCAAUGCUGCCGCCAUCUUGAAUGCAAAGAGUCAUCUUUACUUGCGAUGUCAGUGAAAUAAAUUAUUUAGGAAUCUAUUGCAUUUAAUUGUUGCCGCCAUCUUAAAUGUAAAGUGCCGAUCUGCAUUUGCCGUUGCUAUGAAAUAACUUUAUUUCACACAUCUUUAUAUCGCAUUCAAUUGUUGCCGCCGUCUUGAAUGCCGAAUACAUUGUCGUAACUCCUGUGCCAAUUGGAGUAUACAAUUUACAGCAAAGUCCUGCCAUCUUUGCACCAGAAGCUCGUUGUGGAUUACUUGACCACGUGCCGCCAUUGUGACACAACGUGAAAACGCUUCUACGCCGCCAAACGGGACGCCAUCCCGAGAAUUCGCAGCCAGCGAAAUAACCGUUUAUUGCCAACGGGACGCCAUCCCGUUAAUCCGUAAAACGUAUAUAACGAUUAUAGCCAAGUUAUAGUGUUUAUAUUGCCAAAGGAAAGUUAUCCCAUUAAUUUGAAUACCGACUUCCUAGUCGAAGAAUAUAUUUGCCGUUAAGAUUAUUUAAUUAUUUGUUAGCCGCCACCAUAUUAACCGCAUAAUGGACAACUCAACGAGAAAGAGUGUGCGGGUUCAACGCCAAGACAGCCUUAGUAAGUCAACUACAGCCGAGGACCAAAGGUCAGACAUCGAAGACGCCGCCACCGGAGCGAAUCCUCCGGUUAACACAUCGACCAACCCACCUACCCCGAGUACGUCUACUAAAGCCACAGUAGAGAGCCAACAACAAAUGCUAAUUGCCAUGCAGAAGCAAAUCAACUCCCUAAGCAGCCAGUUGCGCGGUACCCAGGCUAGAUUGAAGGAGAGUGAAUGCCAGUAUGAACUUUUGAAGUCUAUUAUACAACAACAACCGGGACAAGAAGAGAACGGAGUAAAGUCGAAUUCCACUGCUGCCUCAGUGGAUCCCGCAAUAGAUACCGCUAUCCAGCCUAUAGCGGCGACAGCGCAGCCAAUAACGGACCCGCAGAACGGUUCGGACGUUACUGCACAGUCGACGUCAACGUAGGCAACCGC